ACAAAAUUAUACAUCCCCUUCUUCGUCAUCGUGUUUUUAUAGAUAUCUGGCAAAGAGAUAGAGAAAGGCGUAGUUAGUUCAUCAUCGCGCACGCUGCUUCUACAUCGGGAUGGGGAAGGAAAAGGAGGAUUCGGGGAUCGAGAAGCUUCCGGAGGGCUGCAUCGCCCACGCCAUCGCCCACACGUCGCCCCUCGACGCCUGCCGCUCCUCCGCCGUCUCCACCGCCUUCCGCGCCGCUGCCGAUUCCGACCUCGUCUGGGGCCGGUUCCUCCCCGCCGACACCCCUUCCAUCCUCUCGAGCGCUCUCCGUCCCUUCGAGUACUCCUCCAAGCGCGAUCUCUUCUUCCGACUCUGCGACCCUAUCCUCAUCGACGGCGGCAAGAUGGGUAUGUGGUUGGAGAGAUCGACCGGUGCCAAGUGCUACAUGAUCUCCGUCCGGGAACUCACGAUCGUGUGGGGCGAAACGCCUGAGUACUUGCGGUGGAUCUCUUUGCCCGACUCCAGAUUCCCAGAGGUGGCAGUCAGAUUCCCAGAGGUGGCCGAACUGGUGAACGUAUGCUGGCUGGAGAUUCGCGGCAGCAUCCAAAGCAAGUUGCUGACCCCCAAAACAACCUACGCUGCAUAUCUCAUCUUCAAGCUCGCCUACCGGUCCCGCGGCCUCGACGACCCCCCUCAACAAGCCUCUGUCAAGGUCGGCCUCCGCUCAUCCACCACACUUGUCUGCUUGCAGCCUCGCAGCGCCGCCGCGCGGGAGCGGAGAAUUCGAAUGGGAGAGAGUGAUCCUCCAACGCUGCCUCUGGCGAGGGAUAAUGGGUGGAUGGAAGUGGCAAUAGGGGAGUUUUACAACGACGAGGGGGAAGAUGGGGAGGUCGCCAUAAGCUUCACGGAGAUCAAGGGUGGGCAUUGGAAGAAGGGUCUCAUCGUCGAGGGAAUUGAGAUCAGGCCCAAACACAGGAAGUAGUAGCUAGUAGUUAUGCUUAGCUAUGUUUCUUGAAGUAGUAGUCGCAUGUUCUUGAUUGAUCUCGUGUAGUCUAUUGUAGCUUCAACUGCUUGUGUUUGGAGAACUCGAACCCAGAAUUUCUUAGAGGCUCCAUUCUUCAUUAACAUGAACAUUUUGGGCAUCAUCAGAGUACGUUUCCCACUGUGAAAGAUCCUUAUAAUUGCUCUUA